AUGAGCCUCCUCAAGGAGAGGAAGCCCAAGAAGCCACACUACAUCCCGCGGCCCCCAGGGAAGCCCUUCAAGUACAAGUGCUUCCAGUGCCCGUUCACCUGCAACGAGAAGUCCCACCUCUUCAACCACAUGAAGUACGGCCUCUGCAAGAACUCCAUCACGCUCGUGUCAGAGCAGGACCGCGGCCCCCGGUGCCCCCGGGCCCACGCACCCGACCCCAGGCCCCCCCGGCAGCAGGCGCCCACGGCACAGCUGGCCUCUCCCCAGCCCCUCACGGACGGCCUCCCAGGCUUUGACCCCAAGCCCCAGCAGGGCUCUGGCAAGGAAGACGCCGAGGAGAGCCUGAAGCUGCAGGCGCGGAGGACCCACGCCCUCCCGCAGAAGCCGGGCCUCCAGCAGGAGGAAGCCUCAGAGGCAGCCCGGGGGACACAGCCUGCUCUGGACCUGGCCCGGCCUUCGGCGUUCAUUCCAGUCGGGGAGCACAGACUGAAGGGGCCCGAAAACACGGAGGGGCCCGAAACGCUGUCAUCCACCAACCCCACCACCAAAGCCCCAGCCUUCCACACCAAGUCUGCGUUCCACGCUCCUGGCUACCCCUGGAAGGCGGGCUCCCCGUUCCUCCCACCUACCAAGGGGUUCAGUGCCAUCUCCCCUUACGUGCAUCCCACGAUCCCAGAGUACCCCCCGCCCUUCUACACAGAACCCGGGCUGGCCGCCAUCUACUCCCCCUACCUGCUGGCCGGGAGCGCCCCCGAGUGCGACACCACUCUGCUGUCUGUCUACGGGGCCCCAGACCAGAGACACUUCCUGCCUCCCCCGGGGCCCCUCCCCAAGCACCUGACCCCGUCUCCGUCAACAUACGAUCACUACAGAUUCCUCCAGCACUUCCACCCCAGUCUGCCGGUUCCUUAUGGAUUCUACAGACCAGAGUCUGCCUUCUCCUCCUACAGCCUCAGGCUCCCGCCCCUCGCUGGCAUCACUCGGGAACAGAGUUCCCGCCUCCUUGAAGAGGCCACCCUGGCCUACCCAGCCUCGAGUCCCUCUGAGUUAAGCCCUUCAAACUCCCACAAAAAACACACAGAAUUCGAGAAAGAAAGUCCAAUUCCUGAAGCUAAAGACCCCUCCAAAGAUGGGCAGCGGGACCUGGAAGGAGCCAAAAUGAGCCCCCGGGCAGGCAGUGCAGCCACAGGCUCCCCAGGAAGGCCAAGCCCCACCAACUUCACGCAGACGAGCCAGGCCUGCGAAGGCCUGUGUGACCUCUCCAACAAAGGGUCCCCAAGUGCCCCAGGAUGGCGCCCGCAGCCCGAACAGAGCCCCACAGCCUUCAGACCCGUCCCAAAGAACACAGCCUGCCCUCACUCCCAGGUCCCGGCAGACAGCACAGAGUCUCCAAACAGCCUCGAGGCCGGGAAUGGAGACCCUCCAGCUCAGACGGCAAGCCCUCUUCCCACCACCGAGGCCGCACACGCCAUCCCCGAGGAUGGCUCCAGGACAGGCCCCCUCAACCUCUCCAAGAAGUCAGAGCCAAGACCUGCAGCUGCUGGAGGAGCCGUGUACCCAGGAAGUGCCAGGGCAGAGGCCCCAGGUUUCACAGAGUUGCAGGACUUGCCCCUCAAUCUCUCUGUUAAGGACCCCUGCAAUGCCCGGGCUCCAAGGCCUGCUGUCCCCAGCCCACUGCAAAGUGCAGAACCCGCUGCUGCUCCCAGGACUGGGAGAAGAAGUCCCCGAGAUGGCUCAAGUUGUGCUGAGGCCCAGCAGGAGGAGGGCCCAGGUGGGAAGGCCCCAGCCUCCCGCGUGGUGGACAGCAGCGACGAGCAGAAGCAGACGGCAGCUGUGGCCCUCUGUCAGCUGGCAGCCUACAGCCCGGGAAAUGUGAGGGUGGGCGAGGGGGAGCCCACCACCCAGGAGUCAGGCUGCCAAGAUGCACCUACUCCGAGCUCCACAGAGAGCCAGGGGACUCAGUGUGACCUCAGACCCAAAGGACAAAAGAGGGCAAGUCAAAGAGACACAGGAAAAUCACAGCAAGGAAGUAAGAAGACAAAGCCAAGUGACACGGCCGCGCGAGUGUUCACCCUGCGCAAGAGGACCCGGGUGUCGUGA